GUAACGUUACUCGACGUUCCGAUGUAUCCAACAUCAUUAUCAAGAAUACAUCGAAACGUCGAAUAACGUUACUCCUUCUAUUUCACGCUAAACGCUUUACUGUCUAAAGAUUAUUAAAGAAACACUGGAAACAUAACGUUUUUAGCUAUAAGGUGACAAAAUCACCAAGGAUAAGGAAGCGAAGAGAAGAAACAGUUCUUAGAUUGCUGACAAAACGCUUUGCCUUUCUCAAAGAGAAAAUUUGAAGUAAAAUGCACUCCCGGAAAACCCUGAGAGGCCUUCUUAAAGCAUCCUAUAUUAAAGUUACCGAGCAAGCUCAUUUUAAAUUUGAUCAUUACGCAGUGGGGCCUGUAUUACUGAGACAAAUUACCGUGAUUGACUCAUUGAAUGACAGACACGUUACUGAUCGCUAGUCCCGGUGUCUUCAAGAACCGGUGGACAAAAGUCGACCAAAGUUAUAUUUCGGAAAAUGAUUGACCAUUUAAAGAUUUUAUGCGGCCAGCGUUCAUUUUCAGAAACCUGACAUGUCCGUGAGAGAGACCUGUUAUAAAGAACAUAUUUCGAUUUCAAACAAAUUGAGCCUUGGUUGACAUAACUUUCAAAUACCUGCGUCAUCAUCGCACAUCUACAAGUUUGCAAAGUGGUUGACGUAAACCGACUCUUCUAAUCUCAAUGGUCAAUUCACUUUCAGCAAUACGAUUUUUCUUUCAUCUCAGAAGGUACUUCUGUUUGAGCCUAUUGCCAUGCAAAUAAAAUGGCUCUAUAGUCCUCGCCGAAGUGACCCAACAUUAGAAAAAGCUGAAAAAACUUGCUUAUUAUUUGCCUGCAAUUACUUUUCAUUUCUAAACACACCCUAAGUAGCUCUGACAUUACAGUCGCCAUCUUAAAAGGCGUAAACACCUUUUGAAAUGAUAGGGAGCCUCACAUAUGGACGACCCACUUUCCUCUCUGUAUUGUGAUAGCUAAUAUAUUAAUUGGGAUGCAUGGCCUAAAAUCGAUUUUUUUAUAUGAAAGUAAUUAUACACUAUAAGGCCGGUAUAUGUUUUGUACUACACUGGCAAUUCUCUGCGAAUAUCAGGCCAGUUUUGUCGAGUCAUGCGUGUCUUGGUCUAGCAUGCAUACGGCUUAGACAUAGCAAUAUUUCAUUGAUAUAUAUGGCGUCUGCCGUUGAAAUGGCCUCAGUUGACUGAGAUAUACUCACUUUGAAUCCAGAUUAAGUUGUCUUUUUGUGGUUGUAGAAUUACUUUAUGUAAGGAGAUUUUAAAAGUAGACUAUGUUGUCCUGUUUCUUGGAGUACCUUUUACGGAGCGAACAUAACGUAGGGGCUUGUGUUUUUACUCCAUCGCUAGUUUGUCCACAAACCCUCUAUUUUGUCUAGCGUUCGUCCAGAUCGCAAGCAAGAUAUUAACCGCGGGAGCCGGGGGAUAAGAACGAGCCAAAACCCAAGGGGAAGGAUAAAUAUAAACGCUUGCAGAAGGAAAAAAGCAAACAACAACAACAACAACAAAUAACCAAGAAACAAACGUUUGUGGACACACUACCCCGUCGCCUGCCAAACGAUCUAUAGUAAAAGGACUACUGCUGUGUUAGAUCUGGGAGUAAAUGGAUAAUCAUGAAUAGACAAAUCUCGAGGAUUGCCAGGUGCCAAAUUGUCCGUCUGAGGAAUUUUAAAGUGAAUCAUUUAUUUCCAAAUUGGAAGUAGUUGUGCCACCUGUUAAUAUUGAAUGCGAACUGUCAAAAUGACUUGUUAAUUUGGACGCUAUCCAAUUUUAAAGCUGUUGUGGCAAGUUUUCAAAAUUUUAAAAACGGGUAAUCGUCCGCUCGCUUGUUUGGGCUGUUGGGUUGCAUCGAUAAAAGAUAAUUGCUUGAAAUGGUUUCCAAAGACCUCUAAAGGGAGUGUGAAGAGCUAGAGAAUUAGAUGAGGCUGCUAAAUUUGGGACCGGUGACUGGACUUUUUACAUGGAUGCUUUUAGGUGGAAGGAUGAAAAUUUCAUACAUAAAAUUUUAGGAAAUAGACUAUUUAUAUGGAAAGUGGUCUCAAAAAUUGGCAACUUUGUUUUGGCGCUUUUAAUACUGACGAUCGACUUUGUCACGUGUCAGUUUCGGCAAAGGAUCCAUCGCACCAAUCAAAACUUGGCAACAGUGUAACUGGUUUCAAGUGAAUAAACCUGCUGAAGGAAAAAUUCUGUCGUAUCUGACUUUGGGACAAAAUGCAAUUUCGAAGUUUUUACUGUAAUAAGUCAGUCCAAGUUUUGAAUUGUUUUUGAAUUGUAAAGGAAAUCUUACUUCAAACUGUAACAAUCAGAACUAUUGCGUUGGAGUUUGAAAAGUAAGAAAUUUCCUCUACAGUGGUGGAUCCAGAGGUGCAAAAGUAAAUGGAUGCCAUAGAGAUUGAUAGGGGAAAAAGGGUGACCCUGUAUGACGAACGGUUCUUGCUCCAUUAGGAUGUCACGUGGCCAAAAAGGGAGAGCCGAACUCCUUUCAGUAAAUCAACCCUGAUUUCGGCUAGCUCUUAGUUACUUAUGCUUGUACUGCAGAUGUAAGCGACAAAAAAGUGAUAAUUCAGACUCUAUGGUAGCCUCCCACGCAAACGCUCUUUGGGGUCGUCUCGAGGAAGGGAGGUAGGAAGAUUGCGUGACGUGACCAUAUAGCGUCUACGUGGGAGGCUACACUCUAUACUUGAACUAUGAAAAACAAAUGAAGCCGAACUUAUAGUUCUCGGUCAUUAUCGACUCCUUGCGUUAUGACUUCACAUCCGAUGGAGGGAUACGGCCAGUGAGCAUAUACAACAGUUCUAAGAGCGUGCUUUUUCGCCUAUGUCACGUCUGUAUUGUUGGCUCAAAAUGCGUCACGUACUGACAUGAUGCGAAGGAAUCAUGCAAGAACUCAGUACAUCUGUAGCCUGCAGCACAACAGGCGGAUUAGUGGGACAGAGAACAAAACGCGAUGCACGAACGCGGAGCGCGACCACGAGCGCGAAGCGCGAGACGAAAAACGCUAAUCCGCCUGUUCUGCAGGCUAGUCAAUCUGAAACAUUCGGACUGAUCUCUGCAACGGUUUAGUUGAGCUAAAAGAAAGGAUUCUGUAAAUGCCUUUUUUCUUUUCAUGUUCCUCAGCUUUUUUUGUUUUUUUUAUAGUUUCUAGUAAAUUGCUCAUUUUUGUAAACGAGAGUAAUGUUCUCCCUCGCGCUUUCCCGCUCAGUUCUUCCCGUUUUCUUUUUCUUUUUUUCUCUUUUUUUUCGUGCUAAGAACUCCUCGUCUGGCGACGCGUGAGAAUUAGAGUUUAGCGAUCGCUUGAUAACGUUUCUCAUCGAACGGUUUUUGUUUGUCAUCGCGAAUAACUGUUACCAAGGCAAAUUGGAUGAUUUGUCAGUGGGUCGCUCAAUUGGUCAUAUUCAAAAUAUCCCCAGGGCGUCUGUGUGACUCACAGCGUGCUUUAUUGGAGGCGAGAUCAAUUGACCUCUGAUGUCAUGUGUUCAAUUUGUUCGCGAAAACAAUCCAUUUACAACUCGCUUUGUUCGCUGAAAACUGCUUCAGGUGAUCUUUGUCUGAAACUGAUCUGCCGUAAACUUGAACUUCCAGUGAGAAAGGAAACUGGCGACGAAAUCACAAGCUUCUGUAAGCUCUUAACAAACAUACAAUUAUUUUAAUGAUGAUGAUUUCACUUUCCGCCUGUUUGUUUACUUUACAUUAUUUAGCGAUCUCGUGUUCCAAUUGGCAUCCAUGCUACAGGACCCUUGCUAAUCGUUGUUUUAUUUACAACUCGGUAGAACCAAUUGCGAUGCAUGUUCUUUGUGGUAAUUGCUUUUUGUUUUCAGUGGCCCAUGGAAUGCAAAUUUGCAAAGGUUACAAGAUUUAUUAUCCGCGAGAAAAGACGAGCACACCGCGUUUGAAAAUUACUUAAUCCACCUCUGCAAAAAUUGUGAUCGAUAAAGAUUUGACUAGAACUAACGAGUGUCGUUGAGUCGAACUUACCCAAGGAGCUGGAAGCCAUCAAAAAACUUCUGUAACCUACACCGGAUGUGAAUUUGCCUUGCAGCGAUGGCCUCACCGAAGUAUAUUUUGACAUGAUUGAAGUUGUCAGUCAUAAAAUCGAUAAUAAUUAUUCGUCCGGCUUUAUGUGGAAAUACACUGCAAAGAAAAUGCGUGAACGUAGAAUUACUUGUUGCUCGGGCGAUGAUAUGUUUACGUUUAAAUAAUGCAGGAGUAAAUGAAAUUGACAAGACUGUUACAGCGGAAGCUGGAACUGUGGUUAAGUGCUGCCUUUGAGAAGUCUGAAGGAAGAGGAACUGGAUGAAUAAAUGAUAAACUCUCGAUGAAAACCGAGGCAAUGUCAUCGCCGCAAGCAGACGCUGAAAAUAUAAACAUGGCGCUGCCCGAGCUCCCGAAACGAUGGAAAUCGCGACUCCAGAGGUUUCAAAGUUCUUUGAGGCGUUCAGUGCGGUUAAAAAGGAGAAAUUCACCGCAAUCAGCCUCCUGUGUUGACGGAGAGCAUUGUGGUGUUCUCGAAAACGAUCACGAAAAUCUUGCGAAUCGAUCCGACAAGCACGUGAGGAGAGAAAAACACAACGGCGCGCCAACCAAACAGCUAAAUGGCAAGAAAACAACUUCACACUCGCAUUACGUGAAUGGAAAAACAUCACUUGACAGCUAUGGUUUUGAUAAGCGGAAAUCUGAGCAAAGCAAAACAAACGGCAAUAACAAUCAGAGCGAAAAAAAUGCCGCGGAGUCGACUUCGAGGCCUGCACACGUCAGUGAGUUGGCAGUUUACAGUCAAGUUGGAUCAGCCCGGCAGAAAAAAUCACACAAAUCUAAACGACACAGAGCUAACACAAACACGGAAAGGACAUCACUCUCGAAGUCUAAGAGCUUGAGUAUACUGACGAAUUUAUUCAAGCGUUCCAGCAAUUCAAAGGACAAAAAUAACCGUGGGAAAAAUUCGUCAUUUGCGGAUGCGAAAGAUUUUUCAACAGCUACUAACAGUGCUGAUUUUGAUGGUUUGGUAACAGAUACUGUUGUCAGCUCCUCGUCGAUUGAUUCGUUUGGUGAUAACGAUUCUCGCUUCAGUGGUAGCAAGUAUUACUCCUUGAAACGGUCAAAAAAAUCCUUGAUUUUUCCGAAAAAUUACCUCGCGAGAUCGUUUUCCUUGGACAAUUCACUGGAUCCUUGCAACGACUCUCUGAUGGAAAAAUCUAGAACACUGGCAGCGAUUCCACCGAGCAUCCGGGUAGAAGAAUACCGCGAAAAUCGCGGGUGUUUCGAGAGGUCACUUACGGUAGAAUUUAAUCCAGGGUCCUCUGGCUCGGUAACAAUCGAUACGGGACCCGAAUAUUAUCAAAAAUUGACAGGAUGUUCGGCUUCACGCACAGCACAAGUGCUUGACUCGUACACGCGUUCAAGUGGUGCUCGAAAAAAUGGUGUUGAACCCGCAACAACGCCAAAUAUCACCGACGUUGCCGAAAAGAGUUCUGACGCAUGGAAGAGACGGUCGGCUCCACCUAUUUUGUCAUUUUCUACUGAUAAAAGCUCAUCAAAUAUUGGAUCGCCAAUAUUCCAUGAAUUGAAAACGGAUAUUGUAAAAGUUGAGAGCAGGAGUCAAUUGGAAGGUAACAGCGAUGAGGAUCAGUUCAACUUUUCAGAGAAGGGAAAUUCGUCUUCAGAAACCGUCGAAUGCACUGACAUUUUAAAAUCAGAUAUGGGGAACAACCUGUCCUAUGGAACGCAAAACCCGCGAAAAUUCAAUUCGAAAGAUGUUAAGUUCAAAUCAGUCAUCCUUCGAUCGAUCAAGAGAAAUGGUAAAACUUUCCACGUCAAGUCGUAUGAUGGCGAAGAGGACCCGAUCAUUGAGCAGACAGACUAUCUGGAAAGUUUUGAACGAGAACUUGAAAAUGGGCGAUUAAAUUAUCUCGCCAAAGACGUCAGCCCGGUUAAUGAGCUUACAAAAGACAACUCUAAUUCAUUGUACGAGGGAAGUGAAGCGCUUGGAAUUAGUGAACAUAUGAUUGAUGCCCUUCAAGGAAAUAAUUAUACGCAAAAUUUUUCCGAUCUUAAAUCAACAGCUGACUGGAACAGUAGUGGAAAUCAAAGCAAAGAAAACCGAUCUAACGAAGGAAAAUGUACUUGUGAAAACACAGAACGUUUACCGAAUGAAAAUGUAAACAAAGAAGAAAAAGUUUGCGAAGAAAAGUGUUGUUCUUCGACCUUUGGACAAACAGGGCACAACGACUCAUCGAAACAAGGAGAUUGUUUAUCUUGUAAGGAAACAAGAAACAAGUUGACAGAUACUGAGUUGAGGCGAUGUUCGCCCGUAUUUCCUGAUCCGUCGUCACGAGAAGUAAAUCCCGGUGUAUUGAGCGAACAAAAGUUGCGUGAUCAUAUCUCAGCGCAGUUAAUCACCUGCGGCUUAGGCGAGAUUUGCAAUAGCGGUCAGGGAUUGGCUAGAAACCUCAAAGUGAAUAGUUUACCUUGCUCGCCCAGAGAAAGUGCAUUGCCUGUUGAAACAAUGCAUAGCAGUUUCCCAGACAUUAGAAAAUUGCAUUCUCAACAUUUGUCACCAAAACUCUCAGAAAGCAGUGAUAGUUUUUCAUCCAGUAGUUUACAUGUGGAACACAGCUUUGAAAACAAUGCAAGUAUUGACAGAGGUGGAAAGAUAAACAAUCCAAUGCUUUCCAAUGGCCUUUCAAAUUGUUCCAAACAUGGAGGUAUCAUUAAGUCUAACUUGAGUCCAGCAUCUCCCGAGGAAAGGCAGCGUUCAUGUAGUGCAAUAAUACCAUCUAAGUCACCAUUACAUCGGGUAUUACAGACAGAGAACCGUUCUGCAUCUUGCUCACAAUUGGAUAAGGAUGGCGAUGACAGUUCAACAUGCACCAGCCCACCUUAUGUCAGACCACGCAUUCAGAGUCUUGAGGAGCUGCCGCCAUGCACAGCAGCGGUCAUCCUCAGAAAGAAGAAAAGCAUAAUUAGGAAAACUAGAAUGAAGCAUACUGCUUCUCUAUCUUUUGUCGACAAUGAGUUUAAUGGUAUGAUUGACAAGAGCAAGCGUCAUUCAUAUGGUGGUUAUAGUGACAGAACUUUCCUUGAGCUUCCACAUCUAUUGCAUAGAUCCCACAGUGCCGAAAGCCAGUUAGACAGUUGCAACAGUUCACUGCAAUCUCUCAACUCCUCGUCAUCAUUCACAGAAAAUGAGCUUGGAAGCACUUUCUCUAUCAUGUCAGAACUUUCCAUCCCUGGUGUCUUGGAUAAGAGCUUGGGCCGUUCACGCAGUGUGCCUGGGCUUUUCGGUAUCGCUGAUAUCCGCCAGGCCUCACCCAUCCCAGAAGAACGUGCUUCAGUCUCAGAAAUGGAGUGGCCUAGCAAAUCAGCAGAGAACAGUGAUGACGAUGAUGACGAUGAUGUGGACGGUGAGAUGGAUGUACCAGAAGCCUUUGCAGAAGCGCUGUGGGAUCACGUGACCAUGGACCCGGAGGAGCUGAGUUUCCAAGCGGGUGACAUCAUCACUGUGCUGACCAUGACGUCAUGUGAUUGGUGGUUCGGUCAAGUCGGGGAUCAGGUCGGCUGGUUUCCUGCGCCGUUUGUUCGGGUUCGUGUGUCACAGACGUUGGCCGCUGACGAAACGAAACUUGCUCCUCCUGUGCGGACAAGAAAAGGAACUAAUGAGGGGUUCCUGUCUGACGACGUCAUCAGAUCACGGGUUGUGCUAGAGAUCCUCAGCACCGAGAGAGAUUACGUCAAGAACCUGGAAGAUGUGGUCGAGGGUUAUCUGAAACAAGCGCGCAAAAGAACAGACAUGUUUUCCGAGGAGCAGAUUACGAAGAUAUUCUCUAACAUCGAGCAGAUUUAUCUGUUUCACCAGGAAAUCUUGAGGCAGCUCGAGGAGUGUUUUGUGGAGGAUGACCCAUACGCAUCUGAAAUUGGCGCUGUGUUUCUUAAUAACAAACAAGGCUUCGACAUUUACUCUGAGUAUUGUAACAACCAUCCGCAUGCAAUGGCUGAGCUUAAAACCCUGUGUGCAAGUAACAAGUACAAGCAGUUUUUUGAGGCGUGCCGUCUUCUUCGAGACAUGAUAAGCAUAUCGUUGGAUGGAUUCUUGCUGACACCGGUGCAGAAGAUCUGUAAAUAUCCCUUGCAGUUGGCGGAGCUGAAGAAGCACACGAGCCCUGCUCACAAAGAUUUCCAGACGGUCAAGCAAGCACUAGAAACCAUGAAAGACGUGGCUUCGUUAAUUAACGAACGCAAACGAAAAGUUGAAAGCAUCAACAAGAUCGCCAAGUGGCAAAGUACGAUCGAGGGGUGGGAGGGAGAGGACGUGUUAGAGAGAAGCUCGGAGCUGAUUCACUCAGGAGAUGUGAUCAAGACGUCAAAUGGAAGCUCGCAAGAUCGCGUCAUGUUUUUGUUCGAUCAUCAACUUGUGUAUUGUAAAAAGGACAUCUUAAAGAAGAACGGCCUGACAUACAAAGGUAGAAUAGACAUGGAUGAUUGCACAGUGAUUUGGCUUAGAGACGGAGAAGAAACCCUCGAUAGAUCACCUCUUAACAACGCGUGGAAAAUCUACAACUUCAAGAAAGAGAAGUGGUACAUAUUCUUCACCAAGAAAGCGGCUCACAAAGAAAGGUGGAUGAAGGCGUUUAAAGACGAGAGGCGGAGAGUCAAAGAAGAUGCAAAAACAGGUCUCAUUAUAUCACAAAACACAAGAAAAGCCGCCAUGCGAGCAGCAAAAGCAUCCGUCAAACACAAGAAAGUCAAUGGAAAGAAAGAGAGGCCAUUCCAGAAAACUCAGUCUACCACAGAAAUCAAGGCACCUCCUUCUCCCACAUUACAGCUGCCAGAGCCAGUAUCAAGUGCGGACCUUAGGGAACAAGAUGAUGAAGACAAAGAGUUCGGAAGAUCGUCUGUCAUUAGAAGAAGCUUUGGUUUACGAGGCUCAAAAAAGGGCAGUAAAGAAAAACGCAUCAGCUCGGUCUUUUAACAGAGAUGGAUCCUCGGUCUCGUCCCAGACGUUUCUCCUUCGAUAUUUCUGAGAUAGCCUGGGGAAAACAUCACCACGACAUAAGUUCAAACCCAACCCAGUCCGAAAAGGCUUGGAGGCGAGACUGCAAUCAGCUUUUCCAGUCAUGAUCAGAGCGCGCGAUGUUGCUAAGCAACAAGCCGUCAACUGGUGGCGACAAGUGAUUGUUAUUACAAUUUGCGUCUUGCCUGGGCUAAGUUAUGACGUGACUCAGCAAGGCUUUGACAAAAUGCGUCGACUCGCGUAUUUAUGAAGAGGGUUUAAGGGGAAGAUCAGAGCCAGAAACUCAGCUUGUUUCCGUGACACCCAUCUUACUCCGCUUGAUUCAACUCGCCAAAGGGGAACUUUUGGGACACCCAUUUUCUCGUCAGUAAACGUUCGGGAACCACAACCUGCUUCGUGAUGCGAUUCAGAAGAUUAACACACUCAAACAUUAAACCCAAGAACUCAGAGGGGAUUUCUAACAAAUGACCUCCACUAUAUAAAAUUCAAACAGUUGAAAUUCUUUUUAAUAGCAGUUUUAUACACUAAAGUAAGUUUGAGUUUACAUUACAGCACUAGAAUGUAACAGAAAAAAAAUCAUAUUGUGACUUGUGCUAGCGGCUCAAAAUGGAAAUACUAUUUAACUCGUGCGAAAAGAAAAAUAUUUUUUUCCUUAUAUGCCAAGAUUCACGGCUACAAGUUAGCCGGACAAAAUAUAGACAAGUCGGUAGGUGCUCGUUAUUUUUGGUUGCUUUUGUUAGUUUUCCUGUAAAUGUUUCACCGAGAAACCAGUGACAUUCUUUAUUUGAAAAUAGAUAUACUCUUCGUCUGCAACAAUAAUUUAUCAUUUCAUUCUGUAAUCAACAGAAUUAGUUUAUAGCGAGACCUGACUUGAAACAAAAUUAGACUUAUAAAAUGACGUAAUGGUGAAACUGGUUUUCAUCGCGUCACAUAAACAAGAGUGAGACUUGUGUCUGUUCUAGGGUUUAUCAUUAUUUGCUCCUCGUAUUAGGAUAUUUUUCGCUUUAAUAUUGUAGUGACAUUGAUGUUAGCUUGAAAUUUUUAUAUUUUAUGGCGAAUUGAUGAACGAAGGCUCUUUUGAUAUAACGCAGCCGAAUGUAACCACCCUCUCGUUCUUGAAAGAAUAGGACGAGGUUCUAGAGACUGAAAAUGAAGUCGUGCAACACGUUUUAGAAUUUAAAUGCCGUAACUGAAAUAGAUUUGAGAUACAGUUGACGGUUCAGUUGUUACUAAAGAAAAUUGUGAUGCCUAAUUAUACAGGAAUAUGAAUGUUCUUUGCGAGAAAAUGCGUAAAGAAAUGAGUUCGUGUUUAAAAUUAGAGAGACAUUUUGAAGAUAUUUUAAAUGGUGUACUGUUCAUUCUGAACGGGUUUGUACAGGAUGUGUUUAUUAAGGACGUAUUAAAUUUAUAUCAAAGGUC